AUGAAUGAAAACGAGUACGAUAAUUUUGAUGAUUUGGAUGACCUUUUAGAUGAAGAUCCCACUAAACUGGAUGAAGCAGAGCCCGAUGAUGUGCAAGCGAAGGGUUCUGUGUACAACGAUAGUGAAAACAAAGAGAAGAAUGCCGAAAGUAAGGACAGUGAUGGCGUACAGGUAGCUAAUGAAUCUGAAGAGGACCCAGAAUUGAAAGAAAUGAUGGUAGAUUUGCAAAAUGAGUUCGCAAAUUUGAUGAAAAAUAACGGUAACGAGAAUAAUGUGAAGACAGAAGAUUUUAAUAAACUGAUUAGUGCUCUAGAAGAGGCAGCUAAAGUACCUCAUCAACAGAUGGAGCAAGGAUGUAGUAGUUUGAAAAGUAACAGCACUGAUAAAGGGACCGUGAAUGGUAGCAAUCCGGGAUUUAAAAACAUUGUUUCCAAUACGCUAGACAGGUUAAAGGAAAAUGGUAAUAAAGUUGAUACAUCCCUAGCCGAAGAAACCAAGGAAUCUCAACGCAGUGGCCAAAAUAAUAAUAUUGAUGAUAUAUUGUCACAAUUAUUAGAUCAAAUGGUAGCAUCUGGUGGAAAAGAAAGUGCAGAAAAUCAAUUUGAUCUAAAAGAUGGGGAGAUGGACGACGCAAUAACAAAAAUACUUGAUCAAAUGACGUCAAAAGAAGUAUUAUAUGAGCCUAUGAAAGAAAUGCGUAGUGAGUUCGGUGUUUGGUUUCAAGAAAACGGUGAAAAUGAAGAGCAUAAGGAAAAGAUAGGCACCUACAAGAGGCAAUUUAAUAUCGUAGACGAAAUUGUAAAUAUUUAUGAAUUGAAAGAUUAUGACGAGCUAAAGCAUAAAGAUCGUGUUACUGAACUUUUGGACGAAUUAGAACAGCUUGGUGAUAGCCCUAUUAGAAGUGCGAACAGCCCCCUAAAACACGGUAAUGAAGAAGAAGAACUCAUGAAAAUGUUGGAAAUUGAUGGUAAUGAUCCGAACUUGGGGAACCUUGAUAAGGAAUUAACCGACGGUUGCAAACAACAAUAA